UCGUGAGCAGGAAGAGGGAAACGAAAGCAGCAGAGAGACCGAGGGGGGCCCGACGUAUUUAAACACGAUGCCGCUGCUGCCGCUGCCGCACAAUAACGGUGAGCGCGGCUUCACACGGAGGAGCGCGUCCAAACACGCACGGACACGCAGAUCCACGCAUGUAACCAUUUGAUCGGGAUUGAUGGUGUUUUAAAGAGCGCACAGUCAGUCAAAGUCGCUGCAGGAUGGUGAAAUAUACUCGAGAUGACAUGGAAGUGUCACGGCGGGUUAUUGCCUCAGGAAAUGAUGACAGUGUCCUCCAUCGUCGCUUAGCUGCUUAGAGGGGGAAUUUCUUGUCUUGCGGCCAUUUCCACAGGAUUUACCCACCGAUUAACUAAACACGCAAACAGCUUAAAUUGGGGUGUAACUGUGGCUCGGAGGCUGUGGGAGCAGGUGCUGCGCGUAUUGGCUUCAGGCAGCCGCACAUGUAAGCACUGAGCCGGCUGUGAAAUCAAACCUGGAUCAGACUGGACAUCAUAUUUUAGAUAUGACAUCCACUAUAGAGAGGAAGACGCUGGAAGCCAAUGAGGAGCCGGUGGAUGAGGUCCUGCAGAUGCCACCGUCUCUGCUGACGUGCGGUGGGUGUCAGCAGAGCAUCGGGGACAGAUUCUUCCUAAAGGCCAUUGAGCAGUACUGGCAUGAGGACUGCCUGAGCUGUGACCUGUGUGGUUGUCGGCUUGGGGAGGUGGGCCGCCGGCUCUACUACAAGCUGGGAAGGAAAUUAUGUCGGAGAGACUACCUCAGGCUUUUCGGCCAGGACGGUCUCUGUGCUUCCUGUGAGAAGAGGAUUCGAGCAUUUGAGAUGACGAUGCGCGUGCGGGACAAGGUCUACCAUCUGGAGUGCUUCAAGUGUGCUGCCUGCCAGAAGCACUUCUGCGUGGGUGACCGCUACCUGCUCAUCAACUCAGACAUUGUGUGCGAGCAGGACAUCUUUGAGUGGACCAAAAUCAACAAUAACAACAUGGUUUAGGAGUGUCAGCCUGUGUGGCUUCAAAUGAAAGGAACAGACUUUUUUUAGAGCGUGCAGGUUUUAUCAUGCACCUGACAUUCAUAUGGAUUCAUUUGAACACAAAAGGAAAGGCAACAUCUCUGCGAUGCUCCCUGCUGGGGACUAAUGAAGACCACCAGCAACAACACGAAGCUUUUCAUCUAAAGCUUUAUCCUUAAAUGCAAAAAAAUACUUAAAACACUGAAAAUAAAUAAAGAUGCAAUAAUAGUCGUUUGUUAUACAACACUGGGAUUUUAGAAUUUUAGCAAUGAACAAAAACAAAAAGUCUUUUCUGUAGUCAAACAUUGUUUCAUCAGCUCAGUCUGGUCUGAAAUCUUCAGUAAUAUUUCAGUAUAUUUUAUGGGUAUGAGUUUUCUGGGAAGAACAAUGUAAUUUGGUAAUAAUUAUAGCGAAGGCUUCCAUUUAAACCCAGGUAAAUAUAUUCAUAUUAAGCCUGCCUGCGGACAAAUUUCACAUUUGCAUGUUCAGCUUACCUGCUGCACUGACCGAAAGAGUUGAACAGUGUCUCUAUUAUCAACAUGAAAUGUAUGAAAUGACUUUGUUUUCUCCAGGGAAACCUACCUAGGAAAUUGGUUUGGAAAUUACAGACCCGUAAAAUAAAUUAUUACCAGACUUUGAUGUUAUAAAUGGAAUACAGUGUCUAUUUUGGAAAGUCAAUGAUUGUACUGUAUUGCCAGGUUAACCUGCUGGCGCCCUCUAGUGAUCUAGGGAAACCAAUGCAAUACUAAUUUUACUCACUAUGGAGAUGUUUCCAGUGUUUCUUUUGUAACUGUUACAACUCUCUGGACAUGCAGCCAAGACUUUUUGAAUAUUUACUUGUCGAUUUAUGAAAUAAAUUACAAUUGAGAGAAACAUUGA